GGAGGAACUCUUGAGAGAGGAGAAAGAGAGAGCCAGGGAGUGAUGCUGCUAAGACCUUCACUGUCUAUCCAGAGGGAUCCGCAGGUGCUGGUGGUGGAAUCUUGCUUGGACAGUGUGGAUGGCAAGCAGUCAGGGUUCCAGUCAAAGGUGGUGGUGAUCCAUGCCCAGGACACCAGGGAGGAUGCACUGCAGCUUGCAUCUCAGCUGAGGAAUCCCAUGGAGGGCAACAGAUUGUAUGUGUUGCUUCUGCAAGAGUCUAAGAAGAACACACAAGUUAAGAGCAGCCUGAGGUGUGAUCCAUGGAACAGCAUCCACAAGUGGUUCAUCAAGGUUGACGCUGUGCUGCCGGUACUGUCGCCUCAGCUUCUGCGUCAGAUUCAGAACAGAGACUUCAGCAGAGAGAUUCAGAACAGAGACUUCAGCAGAGAGAGUGAGUGGGAGAAAACGCUACAACCGCUUUGCCCACUCGAUGAUGCUAGACCAGCAUGUGGAGUACAGGAGCAAGAAUGGGUUCUGCCGUGCCGUUUGUCCUGCCAGAUUCCCGGAGGAGACCAGCAGCAGCAGCAGCAGCAGCAGCAGCAGCACACACAAGAGGUGUUUUCUGUAUGAUGAUGAUAAUCAUCUCUGAAAGGAUGUUAUAAGCAGGGCAACGUAAUGAAACUCAGUGAAUGGACGUGUGUGCGUGGCUGCAAUCACUAUGAAAUUAAGUUGAAAAUAAGAAAUAUAUUACUUUACAGAAAGGAAUGCUUAGAGUGAAUGAAAUUACAAUAAUGAAUGAAUGGAAAUAAAGUUGUGAGUCAUUAAAUGAUUAGGAAAAGAAGCUGUGAAUAGGUGCAUUAUUGUUAUUACUGAAAGGAAGAAUAUUUGUAGGAUAUGUCAUGUAUAUUAUCAAAGUGUUUUCAUUCUUACUUUCUUCUUUCUCUUUCAUCUUUUCUUAGUAUAUUUAAGUGAAUUUCUCUCUCUCUCUCUCUCUCUCUCUCUCUCUCUCCAGCCAUCUCUUCUCUCCUUCCAUCUUUUUCUUAGUAUAUUUAAGUGAAUUUCUCAGAUCUCUCUCUCUCUCUCUCUCUCUCUCUCUUUCUUUCUUUCUUUCUUUCUUUCUUUUUUUCUUUCUUUCUUUCUUUCUUUUUCUUUCUUUUUCUUUCUUCCUCUCUCUCUCUCUUUCUCUCUCUCUCUCUCUCUCUCUCUCUCUCUCUCUCUCUCUCUCUCUCUCUCCAGUAGUCAGUAGUCAGUGAGGAGGUAGUAGCAAGUAGUGUUCAAGUAGCCUUAGUAAUAGAAUAGUUUGGCUUGCAUGGCAGUGGUUAAAACAUCUACCCUCUCACAUUGUUGGGGUGAGACCACUUGCUUCAUAUGAGCCAAAUGGGGUGACUCCUCCCCUCCCCACCCCUCCCUGUCAAUCUGUGGGUGAGUGUUGCCCAUGCACCUUUAAGGAGAUCAAAUUUGAGAGGUACAUUUUGCUUAUCCCUUCUGAUUAUGCAGGAUUCAACCAUUAAUUUCAUCUCUAUAAAACUCUAUGGGUUUCACUUGCCAUAGACUUGUGGGAUGAAACAAGGGAGAUAAUUUUGCAGUCUACUCUCUUUUUUUUCAUCUGUGUUACAGUCUAUGGGUUUCACCUGCCCAGGUUGGUGGUGGUGGGGUGGGGUGGGGUGGGGGAGUUCUAAUGCUCUGAGUGGCGCACUGCUGUAGGUUGUCAAAAGAAAAAUUUAUUAUUAUUAUUAUUUUUUAUUGAUUUUGUUAUUGUUCUCAAGUUCUCAGUAUUAUUAAAACCAGCAUUAACAUCUUAUUUUACAGAUCAAUCAAUCAAUACUAUUUCCAAUAAAUAUUUACUAAAUGUUAUUAUUGUUUUAUUAACACUCAAACUACAUUAAUGAUGAGAUGAGUAGAGAGAUUUUGUUUUGGGGUGAGGGAAAAAUUGUGCUUUUGUGAUUUAGAAGGAAGCAUAAAUUGUGUGUUUUGUUGAGUUAAAGGGUAAUUUUAGUAACUUGAGAAGACAAAGGAAGAAAUUGUGUUUGUGAUUUGUAAUAAACACAGGAUGAGGCAGAAAUGUGUGUGUGUGUGUGUGU